AAAGGGAUUGAACUUCUCUUUGGUCCGGAAGAAUUCCAACACAAUACUAACUUUACAUUCUCUACAAGAAUAGCUUCAGUUCGUUCCAGCAUGAUGGCUAUCGCCCUUGUUGCCCUCCUGACGGCCUUGUCUCUGACAACGGCCUACGCUCAUCCUGACAACCCAAAGGUGCUUCGUUCCCGUAGUGCUAGAAGGCUAAAUAGCCCAGUGCCCGUGCCAGAGCCCAACUAUGUGAUCAAUCUUUUGAGCGAAAGAGAUGAUGCUACCCAGAACGAUUACGGCGAUGCUACAUUCGAUGGCAACCCGACUUCCAUCAAAUUGGGAUUGGACUUCGAGGUUGUGUAUGUGGGGACUACUGAUUCCCCCUCCACAAGUCUUGAGUAUCGUGUCGGUGUGUACAAAUACGGCGACUGCAGCGGAGAUGAGGUGUUCGGUGCUACCAAUGCAUUAGCUGAUGCAUUCGCUGAUAACAAAGUGAGUCAAAGUAUCGAAAUAUCCUUAAAUUCUGUAGACUCAUCAGAGGGUGGUGAAACCUACGAAUCCCUUUUCUGGGUAAACGAUGCUGACGGGAGUACGCGCUAUGUCGACGGGAGUAUGCGCGUGCAGUUUUGCUUCCGUGUGUCAAUCCCUUCCGAUCUCGAUACUGUUCCGUUUGAAGCUGAUGCUUGGGUGAACUUUCCGGAAACCUACGAUGCGAGCUUUCGAUUGUCGAACAGUGUUCAAAAUUUGGCGAACCAGGAUACUUGGAGAUCUUCCAUCACUGUGAAUCUGCAAUACACGGUUAGGUCUUGCCUGUGCAAUUAUGUUCCUGCUGAUAAUCAAGAGCCUGAAAGAUACGAGUGCCUUACGGAGAGCAAACUGUUCCGACCCGGAACCACGAUCCAGAUGUGCAUAGAACCGGGACAUUUGGUCAAAAGUGAAGAGGAAGAAGUUGACGACGUCAACACAGGUUCUUUAGAGAUCGAACGAGUCACCGAAUUCCACAUUAUUCAAGAGCCUGCAGAAACAUCUGGAAUGACUGUAACACGCAAGGCCAUCGAUGGUAGCGAUGCAGAUGGACUGACUGUGGUCGAAUACAAGAGCAUGGCCAUUACACCUCAGGACGGCUCCAGUCCCAGAAAGUUCGUGGGAGGUAAUGCACCAGGAGCCAUCCAGAUUGCCGUUGUUAGCACCCCCCUCAACGCAGCAUUUUUCUUACAAGUUGAACAACCGGUUGACGUACAUGGUCAGGUCUUGUACAGAGAUAGCAAUCGCCGCAGUCUUUUGAAAGCAAAUAGCAUGUAUCUAAGCAGUUCCACCCUCGCAGAAGGAUCCAUCGAAUCAAAUACCACAGAAGGACUUGUGCUACCCGAUGUACAAGUUAACCUGAUUGGGGAAGAGAAGACCGUGUCUCACAGUAUAAACACCAACCCAGGUGGAGACUUUGACGUGAAGUUGUCACUUGAUGAAUCCUUCAAAUUGAAUCCCCAAUUCGAGCACUCGUCGUCUACUUUGAUCCUCGGAAUCAUGAUUUGUGGUAUUUUGUUGGGUUUGAUUGCAAUUCAUGGAAUCCUGUACGUGCUCGGAUUCCGAAUGACCUCACCUGGCGUUCGGCGCGUGGGAUAUCGCAGUCGAGGAACCUACGGUAAGGACGAUAUCUCCUUUUGCAGCAGUGUCAAUACCUUCGGUGCGAUCCCAGCAACCUACGGUAAGGACGAUAUCUCCUUUUGCAGCAGUAUCAAUACCUUCGGUGCGAUCCCAGCAAAGCAUUAGAUCAAGGCAAUAUGGCAACGAAGACGAACGAAAAGCCUUUUCUAUGUAGUUACCCUCUUCAUAACGGCACGAGCUUUGUGCUCCCAGCAGAAAAGGUAUCCUCAAUUUAAAGGUAGUUUAUUUAUGAAAGUGA